AUGUAUAUUUUAGUGAACAUUUUCGCAGAAAUUAAUGACGAUAAUGAUACUGGUCAAAACUGUAUUUGUGUGAGCAAAGCAACGGGAUUAGGUAGACGCUUCGACGGUAUUGGUGGCUUGAGUGGUGGUGGUUGUGUUACACGUUUACUUGCAGAUUAUAAAAGCAAAUGGUAUAAUCAAAUAAUGGAUUACCUAUUUUUACCAGGUUUUGGUGCUUCGUUACAUAUACUUAAAGUUGAGAUUGGUGGUGACGUGCAAUCAACUGAUGGAACAGAACCUUCUCACAUGCAUACAGCUGAUGAUGAAAACUAUCAGCGAGGUUAUGAAUGGAAUACCAUGGUGGAAGCAAAACGAAGAAAUCCCAAUAUUACUCUUUAUGGGCUUAGUUGGGGAUUUCCCGGUUGGGUUGGUGAAGGAAAGAAAUUACCUUGGACCAAUAGUACUCUAAGAUAUACUAUGAAUUGGCUAUUAGGUGCUAAGAAAUAUUAUAAUCUCGAUAUUGAUUACAUAGGAAUUUGGAAUGAAUGUGCAUGGGACAAAGGAUAUACAUUGGCACUCAAGGCAGCAAUUACUGCAGCGGGACUUAAAACGAAGGUCGUUGGUCAUGAUUCAAAAUGGGAUGUUUGUACAACUUUAGUCAAAGAUCCUGAAUGGGCAGCUGCUGUUGAUGUUAUUGGUGCACAUUAUGUUGGUUCGGCUAUAGCAGAAGAAUGUGCUGCUCUCAACAAGGUUCAGUGGUCAAGUGAAGAUAUGUCACUUGAUUAUGAUACCGGUUCUCUAUGUUGGGCAAGAUCAUUGAAUCAGAAUUAUGUUCGUGCGAACUUAACUGCAACUAUUGCCUGGGAUUUGAUUGCCUCAUUCUAUGAUGGAUUACCAUACAGUGGUGUUGGAAUACUACGUGCUAAUGAACCAUGGUCAGGACACUAUCGAAUUGGACGACUUCUAUGGGUAUCAGCACAUUGGGGACAGUUUACAAAAGUGGGAUGGUCGUUUUUAAAACAUGGAUCAGGUGUUGGAUUGCUUGAUAAUGGUGGUAGUUAUGUAUCUUUAACCGAUCCAACUGGUGAACAAUUGACUAUCAUUGUUGAAACAAUGGAUCGUAAUAGUUCACAAUGUGCACAUUCCAGUACGGUAUACUAUAGUACAACUAAUCAAACAGCAACUUUUCAACUCGACACUUCUUUUGGUCAUAUUACUCAACUAUAUGUUUUCUUCACGGAUCUCAACAUAUUAGAUGUAGAUCAAGCCUUCACCUACAAAGGAAUCAUUACUUUGGAUAAUGGAACAUUUACACUUCAAUUAUCAGUUGGUGUACUUUAUACUGUUUCAACAAUUAAUGGUACAAAAGGUGCUUACGACGCUCCACCGUCCCAACCAUUUCCCUUGCCAUAUGCGGAUAAUUUUGACGACCAUCAAGUAUACAGUGAAGCACCAUAUUUUUCUGACCAGACAGGUUCAUGGGAAAUCAUAGAUACAGCAAGUACCCGUGGUAAAACUAUGAGACAAAUGGUGCCUGAAAGACCUAUUAGCUGGUGCGACGACGCAGACUAUCCAUAUUCUAUUAUUGGUAAUUAUACUUGGAAACAACCUUUGAAUAUCAGCGUGGAUGUUUUGAUUGAGAAAAAUGGAAUUGCAUUCGUUGCUUUAGGAGUAUCAGAAGGAGGUUGUGGUAAUGGAAGCUCUGGCAUUGUAUUCAGUGUCAAUACAACUAAUAAUGGAUCUUGGCAAAUAACUAAUAGUACACAGCUUACAAAUCCAGUUACUUCUGGAAUUGUUUCCAUUGUAGCUGGCACUUGGUAUAAAUUGACACUUGUUGUUUUACAAGAUUAUUCAGUAGGAUAUGUUAAUGGUAAUCCAGUUGGUCGAUGUGAGCUGACUGCAUCUAGCUAUUCUGGAUGGGGUGCGAUUGGAUCAUCUUGGGACUACGUACAGUUUGACAAUUUUUGUUUACAAUCACCCAUUUGA